AUGAGCACCACUACGAAGUUGAGCGAAGAUCAGGAUGGGAAAUUAGUUGAUUCCACACUCUACAGAAGCAUGAUUGGUAGCCUGCUGUAUCUCACUGCCAGUAGGCCUGAUAUCUCCUAUAGUGUGGGAGUGUGUGCUCGAUUUCAAGCUAAUCCCAAAGAAUCUCACUUAGAAGCUGUCAAAAGAAUCAUUCGAUAUGUUGCUGGUACAGUUAACUGUGAUAUUUUCUACACCUUUGACACUAAUGUGGAGAUUGCAGGAUAUUCAGAUGUUGACUGGGGAGGGAACUUGCAGGACAUAAAAAGCACCUCUGGAGGCUGCUUCUUCAUUGGAAACAAUCUUGUUGCUUGGCACAACAAGAAACAGAACUGCAUUUCACUGUCUACUGCUGAGGCUGAGUAUGUUGCAGCUGGGAGUUGCUGCACCCAAAUGCUCUGGAUGAAGCAAAUGCUCAAGGAUUACGAAAUUUCUCAAGGGUUUGCAAGAAACGAGAUGGUCCGAUCUUAUACAGUGAUAUCCACUGCAAAUACAAGCAGUAACUCAAGGUCCAUCUCGUUGAGCAUCCUUGUUAUGCUCAACAACCUAAGAUCAACUAGUUUGGGAGUUGUUGAGAUGUACCAUGCUACAUGA